CAUUGCUUUCUCUUCAAUUCCCUAUUCACAAUGCCCCCAUUACUUUAUUCAGCUGCCUAUAAUUUAAUCAAUAACCAAAGGUAGAAGCAUGGAGCUUGAAUUAGGACUUAAGAUUACCCGUACCAGAGAUGAUAUCACUUCAACAUCUGAUCUUCGCAUUUCCAAACAUCCAUUUGGUCCUGUUUUCAUGUAUACAGAAACCGACCAAAUGUUUAUCCUCAUUGCUCAUCUCAAAGGUUUCAGAAGACAGGACAUCUUCAUUGAGAUAAAUAAAGAUGGGAACCGGAUUGCCAUAAGUGGGGAGAAGCCUGUCCAGGAGAUGGUGUUGAUAGGGUGGAUUAUGUGCAAGAAGCAGGUUGAUAUAAAGGCUUUCAGAAAGGUUUUUAGUAUACCUGAUGCUGUGGAUUUGGAAAGAAUCAAAGCCAAGUAUAAUGAACAAGAAUCAACGUUGAGAAUCAUCAUGAAAAAGAAGUUUAAAGGAAUCAGUGGUGUUGCCAUUGAAGAACAGAAUGAAGAAUCAGAACCAGAGCAAGAGCAAGAACAAGAACGAGAAGAAGAACAAGAAGAGCCUAAGAUGAUUAAUGAAGAGCAGCCCGAGGAAGAUGAACAGCUCCCAAACAUAGAAUUGGGUGAGAAGAAGGAACCUGCAAAGGAACAAUGGGUCAAAAAGGAUGCCGAAACUGCAGCUGAAGCUGAAGCUGCAAAGGCAUCAAAACUGAAGUUGGCUGAAGAGAAGAAACCCGAAGAGGUACCCAAGGAGAAAAGUGUUGAGCAAGUGGUGCCAAAACCAAUGCCAGUUGAAAAGGAGACUGAAGCUGAGAAGGUACUGAAACUGAAGUUGGCUGAAAAGAAGAAACCUGAAGAGGUACCCAAGGAGGAAAGUGUUAAGCAAAAGGUGCAAAAACCAAAGCUGGUCCAAAAGGAGGAUGAAGCUGAACCUGAGAAUUUACCAAAACUGAAGUUUGCUGAAAAGAAGAAACCUGAAGAGGUACCCAAGGAGAAAAGUGUUGAGCAAAUGGUGCCAGAACCAAGGAUGGUUCAAAAGGAGACUGAAGCUGAGAAGGUAACAAAACUGACGUUGGCUGAAAAGAAGAAACCUGAAGAUGUAACCAAGGAGGAAAGCAUUGAGCAAAAGGUGCCAAAACCAAAGUUAGUCGUAAAGGAGGCUGAAGCUGAAGCUGAGAAGGUACCAAAACUGAUUUUGGCCGAAAAGAAGAAACUUGAAGAGGUGCCCAAGGAGGAAAGUGUUGAGCAAAAUGUGCCAAAACAAAAGUUGGUCGAAGAUGAAGCUAAGAAGGUACCAAAACUGAAGUUGGCUGAAAAGAAGAAACCUGAAGAGGUAAUCAAGGAGGAAAGCGUUGAGCAAAAGGUAAUAAAACAGAAGUUGGUCGAAAAGGAGGCUGAAGUCACAGCUGAAGAUGAGAAGGUACCAAAACUGAAAUUGGCUGAAAGGAAGAAACAUGAAGAGGUACAGAUGGAGGAAAACAUUGAGCAAAAGGUGCCAAAACCAAAGUUGGCAGAAGAUGAAGCUGAGAAAGUACCAAAACUGAUGUUGGCUAAAAAGAAGAAACCUGAAGAGGUACCCAAGGAGGAAAGUGUUAAGCAAAAGGUGCAAAAACCAAAGCUGGUCCAAAAGGAGGAUGAAGCUGAACCUGAGAAUUUACCAAAACUGAAGUUUGCUGAAAAGAAGAAACCUGAAGAGGUACCCAAGGAGAAAAGUGUUGAGCAAAUGGUGCCAGAACCAAGGAUGGUUCAAAAGGAGACUGAAGCUGAGAAGGUAACAAAACUGACGUUGGCUGAAAAGAAGAAACCUGAAGAUGUAACCAAGGAGGAAAGCAUUGAGCAAAAGGUGCCAAAACCAAAGUUAGUCGUAAAGGAGGCUGAAGCUGAAGCUGAGAAGGUACCAAAACUGAUUUUGGCCGAAAAGAAGAAACUUGAAGAGGUGCCCAAGGAGGAAAGUGUUGAGCAAAAUGUGCCAAAACAAAAGUUGGUCGAAGAUGAAGCUAAGAAGGUACCAAAACUGAAGUUGGCUGAAAAGAAGAAACCUGAAGAGGUAAUCAAGGAGGAAAGCGUUGAGCAAAAGGUAAUAAAACAGAAGUUGGUCGAAAAGGAGGCUGAAGUCACAGCUGAAGAUGAGAAGGUACCAAAACUGAAAUUGGCUGAAAAGAAGAAACAUGAAGAGGUACAGAUGGAGGAAAACAUUGAGCAAAAGGUGCCAAAACCAAAGUUGGUAGAAGAUGAAGCUGAGAAAGUACCAAAACUGAUGUUGGCUGAAAAGAAGAAACCUGAAGAGGUAACCAAGGACGAAAGUGUUGAGCAAAAGGUGCCAAAACAGAAGUUGGUCGAAAAGGAGGCUGAAGUCGCAGCUGAAGAUGACAAGGUACCAAAACUGAAAUUGGCUGAAAAGAAGAAACAUGAAGAGGUACAGGUGGAGGAAAACGUUGAGCAAAAGGUGCCAAAACCAAAGUUGGUAGAAGCUGAAGCUGAGAAAGUACCAAAACUGACGUUGGCUGAAAAGAAGAAACCUGAAGAGGUAACCAAGGAGGAAAGUGUUGAGCAAAAGGUGCCAAAACAAAAGUUGGUUGAAAAGGAGGCUGAAGUUGAAGCAGAAGAUGAGAAGGUACCAAAACUAGCAGAAAAGAAAAAACCUGAAGAGGUACAGGAGGAAACCAUUAAGCAAAAGGGGCCAAAACCAAAGCUGGUCGAUGCUGAAGCUGAAGCUGAGAAGGUACCAAAACUGACGUUGGCUGAAAAGAAGAAACCUGAAGAGGUAACCAAGGAGGAAAGCAUUGAGCAAAAGGUGCCCAAACCAAAGUUGGUCGAAAAGGAGGCUGAAGCUGAGAAGGUACCAAAACAGAUGAUGGCUGAACUGAAGAAACUUGAAGAGAUAACCAAGGAGGAAAGUGUUGAGCAAAAGGUGCCAAAACCACAGUUGCUCAAAGCUGAAGAAGAGAAGGUACCGCAAUUGAUAUUGGCAGAAAAGAAGAAACCUAAAGAGAUACCCAAGGAGGAAAGUGUUGAGCAAAAGGUGCCAAAACCAAAGUUGGUCGACGCUGAAGCUGAAGCUGAGAAAGUACCAAAACUGAUGUUGUCCGAAAAGAAGAAACCUAAAGAGGUAACCGAGGAAAGCAUUCAGCAAAAGAUGCCCAAACCAAAGUUGGUCGAAAAGGAGGCUGAACCUGAGAAGGUGCCAAAACAGAUGAUGGCUGCAAAGAAGAAACCUGAAGAGGUACCCAAGGAGGAAAGUGUUGAGCAAAAGGUGCCAAAACCAAAGUUGGUUGAGAAGAAGGAACCUAAAGAGGUACCCAAGGUGGAGAGUGUUGAGGAAAAGGUACCAAAACCAAAGUUGGUAGAGAAGAAGAAACUUGAGGAGGCACCCAAGGGGGAGAGUGUUGAGGAAAAAGUAGCAAAUUUGGUUGAAAAGAAAAAACUUGAAGAGGUACCCAAGGUGGAGAGUGUUGAGAAGAAGGCACCAAAACCAAAGUUGAUCGAGAAAAAGGAACCUGAAGACACACCCAAGGUGGAGAUUGUUGAGGAAAAGGUACCAAAACCAGAGUUGGUUGAGAAGAAGGCACCUGAAAAGGUACCCAAGGAGGCUGAAGCUGAAGCUGAGAAGGUACCAAAACUGAUUUUGGCUGAAAAGAAGAAACUUGAAGAGGUGCCCAAGGAGGAAAGUGUUGAGCAAAAUGUGCCAAAACAAAAGUGGGUCGAAGAUGAAGCUGAGAAAGUACCAAAACUGAUGUUGGCUGAAAAGAAGAAACCUGAAGAGGUAACCAAGGACGAAAGUGUUGAGCAAAAGGUGCCAAAACAGAAGUUGGUCGAAAAGGAGGCUGAAGUCGCAGCUGAAGAUGAAAAGGUACCAAAACUGAAAUUGGCUGAAAAGAAGAAACAUGAAGAGGUACAGGUGGAGGAAAACGUUGAGCAAAAGGUGCCAAAACCAAAGUUGGUAGAAGCUGAAUCUGAGAAAGUACCAAAACUGACGUUGGCUGAAAAGAAGAAACCUGAAGAGGUAACCAAGGAGGAAAGUGUUGAGCAAAAGGCGCCAAAACAAAAGUUGGUUGAAAAGGAGGCUGAAGUUGAAGCAGAAGAUGAGAAGGUACCAAAACUAGCCGAAAAGAAGAAACCUGAAGAGGUACAGGAGGAAACCAUUGAGCAAAAGGGGCCAAAACCAAAGCUGGUCGAUGCUGAAGCUGAAGCUGAGAAGGUACCAAAACUGACGUUGGCUGAAAAGAAGAAACCUGAAGAGGUAACCAAGGAGGAAAGCAUUGAGCAAAAGGUGCCCAAACCAAAUUUGGUCGAAAAGGAGGCUGAAGCUGAGAAGGUACCAAAACAGAUGAUGGCUGAACUGAAGAAACUUGAAGAGAUAACCAAGGAGGAAAGUGUUGAGCAAAAGGUGCCAAAACCACAGUUGCUCAAAGCUGAAGAAGAGAAGGUACCGCAAUUGAUAUUGGCAGAAAAGAAGAAACCUAAAGAGAUACCCAAGGAGGAAAGUGUUGAGCAAAAGGUGCCAAAACCAAAGUUGGUCGACGCUGAAGCUGAAGCUGAGAAAGUACCAAAACUGAUGUUGUCCGAAAAGAAGAAACCUAAAGAGGUAACCGAGGAAAGCAUUCAGCAAAAGAUGCCCAAACCAAAGUUGGUCGAAAAGGAGGCUGAACCUGAGAAGGUGCCAAAACAGAUGAUGGCUGCAAAGAAGAAACCUGAAGAGGUACCCAAGGAGGAAAGUGUUGAGCAAAAGGUGCCAAAACCAAAGUUGGUUGAGAAGAAGGAACCUAAAGAGGUACCCAAGGUGGAGAGUGUUGAGGAAAAGGUACCAAAACCAAAGUUGGUAGAGAAGAAGAAACUUGAAGAGGCACCCAAGGGGGAGAGUGUUGAGGAAAAAGUAGCAAAGUUGGUUGAAAAGAAAAAACUUGAAGAGGUACCCAAGGUGGAGAGUGUUGAGAAGAAGGCACCAAAACCAAAGUUGAUCGAGAAAAAGGAACCUGAAGAUACACCCAAGGUGGAGAUUGUUGAGGAAAAGGUACCAAAACCAAAGUUGGUUGAGAAGAAGGAACCUGAAAAGGUACCCAAGGUGGAGACUGGUGAGGCGAAAGUACCAACACUAAAGUUGGUUGAGAAGAAGAAACCUGAAGAGGCAUCCCAAGGGGAGAAUGUUGAGGAAAAAGUAGCAAAACUGAAGUUGGUUGAGAAGAAAAAACCUGAAGAGGUACACAAGGUGGAGAGUGUUGAGAAGAAGGUGCCAAAACAAAAGUCGAUCGAGAAGAAGGAACCUAAAGAUGCAUCAAAGGGGGAGAAUGUUGAGGAAAAGGUACCAAAACCAAAGUUGGUCGAGAAGAAGGAACUUGGAGUGAUACCCAAGGUGGAGAGUGGUGAGAAGAAGGUUUCAAAACCGAAGUUGAUCGAGAAGAAGGAAACUGAGGAUGCAUCCAAGGGGGUGAGUGUUGAGGAAAAGGUAUCAAAACCAAAGUUGGUUGAGAAGAAGGAACCUAAAGAGGUACCCAAGGGGGAGACUGUUGAGAAAAAAGUACCAAAAUCAAAGUUGGUUGAGAAAAAGGAACCUGAAGAGAUACCCAAGGUGGAGGGUGUUGAAAAGAAAUUACCGAAACCAAAGUUGAUUGAGAAUAAGGAACCUAAAGAGUUACCCAAGGUGGAGACCGAUGAGGAAAAGGUACCAAAACCAAAGUUGGUUGAGAAGCAGAAACCUGAUGAGGCACCCAAGGAAGAGAGGGUUGAGGAAAAAGCACCAAAAUCAAAGUUGGUUGAGAAGAAGGAACUUGGAGAGAUACCUAAGGUGGAGAGUAUUAAGAAGAAGGUAUGGAAACCAAAGUUGAUCGAGAAGAAGGAACCUGAAGACACACCCAAGAAGGGGAGUGUUGAGGAAAAUGUACCAAAAUCAAGGCUGGUUGAAACUAAGGAACCUGAAGAGGAACCCAAAGGGGAGAGUAUUGAGGAAAAGGUACCAAAACUAAAGUUGGUUGAGAAGAAGGAACCUGGAAAGGCAACCAAAGAGGAAAGGCUUGAGGAAAAGGUACCAAAACCAAAGUUGGUUGAAAAUAAGGAACUUGAAGAGGUACCUAAGGAGAAGACUGUCGAGAGAAAGAUUCAAAGUACUGAUGAAAUUGAUCAAUCGCAAGCUGAAGCUUGUAAAGAGGUUGGGAACCAAACUAGUUUUGAGAAAGAACCAGAGGAAUCUGAGUCUGAAAAAGAGGAAGAAAUUGGAGCGAAGAUUGAGAAGGAAGAAACAAAGGAAGUGGAAAAUGCAAUUCAUGGCGAACCUGAAAAUGCUGAAGAAGAGGUAAUGCAAACAGAACCUGAAGAACACGAGGUUGAAGCAGUGGAGGAAACUCAUAAGGUUAAGGAAACACCACCAGAAAAAAUCCCUGAACAGAAGGUCGCAUCAGCUGCUCAACAAGCAUCUCCAGAACCAGAAAUAAUGGAGCCUGAGGUAAGUGAACUUGAACCACCGUUGACAGAGGUGGCAGCAAACAAAGAACUCCAAGAAAAGGAACCUCCUGAUGAGAUUCAUAAGGUUGAAGAAGUACAGGAAGAGCCAUGGGCAGAAGAAACAGAGGAUACAGCAGGUCAAGCAACUCAACAAUCAGAGUUACCAAGUUUACCACCAAUUCAAGAUGAAGAUAAAAGAAUUAGAGAUGAGUAUCAUCAAGCAGAAGAUUUAACUUCUGAACAAUCUUUAAUGGAACCUGGACCUGAUCAAGAGCCAAAGGAAGAUGACACUGAGCAGCAACUUGAAGAUGAAUCAGAUAAACAAGAAUUAGAUCAGGAAAAUGAAACUGAGGGUACAGAGGAUGAAAUUGGAGAAGAAACCGAUGAGGAAGAAUAUGGAAUUACGACAUCUCCUGAAAUAGACACUGACAAAGAUAAAGGUCCAAUCGAGGGACCAGCUACGGAGGAGAAGCCCAAAAAGACUAAACUGCAGAAACCCUUAAUGUUUGCAGGAUCAGCAUUUCUUGUCUCUCUCAUUGUGAUAGUCAUUAAAUUACUUAAAGCAAGAAAAAGAUGAAAUUGCUAGCAUUUAGUAUUUCUCCAUUUAUACACUGAUGAUAACCUUUGAGUCUGCACUCAGACAAUACCGUUGACUUCUCACUUCUGAGAAAAUUUUAAUCUCAUUGUGGUUUGCAUUG